UUUAAAUUGUCCAUCGUUUCUGGUGUGACUAAUACACUAUGUACAUCUCAUCGGGUGAUUGCAGGAUUUUGUAAGAAAAUUCAGCGCUUCAAGAAAACAAAUAGUGCAAAUUCAUGUCAAACUUUACUUUUAUAUUUUCAUUGUUUAAUGAACAUCGAUAUAUUAAUUUUUAACGAAACUGUUUAAAGCAGAGUUUAGAUAUGGUUGAAUUGUUCUGCAUGCUAACAACUUUUAAACUAUCUGGCCAGAAAAGAGAUGAAAAUAUGAGCUAAGAAAAUGUGAAGUUCGAUCCCGUUAUUCUGGUACUUGUUUACCUCUGUAGUAAAUGGUUGUGGUUUCCGUCACAGUGAAUUGUCUUUUCGAUGAGCAAGGACUUACAUCCUGGGACAAAGUAAUCAAUCAAAGCUGGAAGGCAGUCUGACAAGAGUCCGGGGACUAAAUUAAGUUCCGCAGUCUAGCUGUAGACACAGCUCUCCACACAAUGUGUGGACGGUACGAGUUCAUCCUAGGUGUGACAACUGCCCAUCUCUCAGCCGUCCUACUGUUGCUGGCAAAUGGCGCCCUUGCAUCCAGAACUCCGCUUUACAUCGGAGGUUUUUUCCCCAAAUCUGGCAUUUCCUGGACGCUGGCUAAUGAAACAAUACCUGCGAUCGAGUUGGCUUUUGAACUUAUAAACAACGAUGCCGACAUCUUGCCCGGCUAUGAGCUGAUUUUGUGUACCUACAACUCAGAGGCGUACCGCCAGGGACUGUACGGGGCCAGCUACGUGUGGAUACUCCCGGGGUGGGCCGGCAAUCUCUGGUGGACGACCAACCCUGACACGACUUACACCUGCACUCCGGCAGAGCUUCAGACAGCGCAAGAUGGCCAUUUCAGUGUCAACUAUGUUUCAUACACAUCAGACAAUGCCACUGUGCUUGGAAUGACGGUUCAAGAGUUCCACACACGUAUGGGCUCCUUAGUCAGCGAAUACUCGGCCUACGCUUUUGAUGCUGUGCUGAGCAUCGCCCACGUGCUGCACGCGGCCAGCGUCACGAGGGGACUGGACCUGGCCGCCUUUGACUACGAAAACGCCACUUACUCCAAGGUGUUUGUGGAAGAGAUGCGAAAGCUGGACAUCACUGGUAUCUCGGGCCCAGUGGGAUAUGACGACAGCGGCAACAGAAUAGGCAUAUCCGUUCUCGAGCAAUCCCAAGGGGGAGUCCGAGUUCAAGUUGCCGAAACAAAUCUCUCAAGUCCAGCUUUGAUCACGGGCCAACUUUGCAUCAAUACUCUGGAAGGAUUUAUUGAAAACCAGGUUUUUUGUCAGAUUCUGCCUGUCUGGUAUCAUUACCUCGAUGAUGAUGUGUAA